GCGCCGCACAGUUAGGCGCUGCCUGCUCGCUUUAGUUGUUGCUGCUUUGCUGCCCCCCGGACGGUCUUCGCGCGAAUAAUGGAGGGCAGGGAGUGAAAAUUGGGAGUGGGCUCGGCUGGCUUGUCAUAGAAACUCCCAGCAAUGGAGAAGGAUUCUCAAGUGCAGCUUCGUAUCUUUGACCUCAAUUGCUGGGCUAUUCAUUACCUCAGCAAAGUACGGCAAGAGCGUGUUGAAUUGAUUGGGGAUGCCCUCAACCAGGAGGGAUUUGACAUGGCACUCUUACAGGAGGUGUGGAGUGAAAAAGAUUACCUAGAGCUGAAAAAUAAACUAUGUACCGACUACCCUUCUUCCCACUACUUCAAAAGUGGGGUGUUUGGCAGUGGGCUCUGCAUCUUCUCCAAACAUCAGAUCCUGGACACCUUCUUGUACCAAUAUUCUGUGAAUGGCUACCCAUACAUGUUCCAGCAUGGAGACUGGUUUGGUGGCAAAUCAGUGGGGCUCGUGGUCCUAAAGAUCCAGGGCAUUGUUUUCAAUGUCUAUGUGACUCAUCUCCAUGCUGAAUAUUGUCGAGAGAAAGAUACGUACCUGCCCCAUCGAGUGGUUCAGGCCUGGGAACUUGGCCAGUUCAUACGGCAUACCUCCAAAGGGGCUGAUGUGGUGCUGCUUGGGGGAGAUCUGAAUAUGCACCCAGAAGAUGUUGGCAUUCGGCUAUUGAGAGGCUGGGCAGGGCUGCGAGAUUCCUUCAUAGCUGCAGAGAGAAUUGAAGGCUGUGAAGAUGGCUGUACCCUAGUGCCAGCCAACUGCUACAUCAACAAGAAAGAACUGGGGUGUUAUCCCCAAGGGAUUCGUAUUGACUACGUUCUUUAUAAAGGCUCCUCUCAGUAUGAUAUUAGGUGCAAUGUUCAUGAAACUACUACUGGAACGGCUCCUGGCAAGGAUUUUCCUUACUCUGACCAUGAAGCUGUCAAAGUGACACUCUCUGUGGUUCAAAGCCAAUCAGACAAAAGUAAAAAUGAUCUUCCAGCUGAGCCAGCACUGGUGGAUGUCUUGAACGAAGCCCGCCUGGAGGUGCUAGUGGGGCUACAUGCAGCAAAGCGCCAGCAGUCCUCCUGUGGCCGCAUGGCUGUCCUGGCUCUGCUUCUGCUGGCCAUACAAGGAGCCAUGGCCCUGAAUUCCAUGCUUGGUGGAGCUCUCCAGCAGCCCUUCCCCAAGUUCUCAUUCUCUUUGCUUAGCCUACUCUCUGUGUCAGUCUUGCUUAUCUCGGCUGUGCUGUAUCUCUUCCACGUCAUUGAGGUGAAGGUGCUGCGAAGAACAGAGGAACAGAUGCAGGUGGGGCUGCUGAUGCUCCAGGCCAAAUUCAAUGGCAGGUGAAACGUUUGGUGGCUGGAUCGAUGGUAGGGACCAAGAGACUGGGCAGAGGCAGGAAGAACAAGUCCCUCUGUGGCUCUCAGCAAUAACAGCUGACUGGUUUCUAACUGUGGAAUGAUAAUUGACACUUGAUACUGUAAAAGGGGUUUUAUAGCUGAAUUUUUGAGCAGUAACAUUUUUUUAGAUAUUCUUUGUGCUGAAAACUGGGGAGGGGGGUUUGAAACUGAACUGGCUAUUUAAAAACCAGAUUUUAUGAUAAAAUACUCUUUUAAUAGAAUUAAAAACAUACUGGACAGUUAAAUUUAUACUGAAAAAGCAAGUAAGAACAGGUGCAUAAAAUAUAGCGUUACUAAUUGUAUACAACUUUUCCUACAACAGUACUGUUUUCAGCUGUAGUGACUAAACAGUAACAAUUAUUGAUGAAAAUCUAUUUUUCAUAUGUAAUUUGCUGUGUAACACUUUAGUAUGCAAUUGUCUUUGGCCACUGUAGCUCCCAUUUCAUUGAAAGGGAAACAGAAAUUGAAGGACUUGGCUAGCAAAACAAAAGCUGAAGUGUCAAUUGAAUAAGCUUUAUAUAAAGUUGUCUUAUAACAAACCA